UUCACGGCUAUUACCAUAAUACCCUCCGCACUUUUUUUAAAUCGUAACCGGUACGGAGAACGAGAAGAAAUUAAUAAAACCGGUUAUCGGCUUACGAAAAUGUCCGGUUUAAUUGAACCGGCUCCAGCUUAUUUAACUGUUUCGAGAAGAAGGCUUUUGUUUUCUUUCGCCUAUUCAUCUUCCUCGAGGGUUUUGCGCUCAUCCUUCUCUCUUCUCUCUCUCUGUGAUGACGACGAGAUCUGAUUCCGACGACUGUCUUCUGCAAGACCCACUAACCUCCUCCGUGAAAGCUUCGAUAUCUCGUGAAGAUUCUGCUCAAGACUCGCUAAAGGUCGUUUCUUUACCUCCACUAGAGAACGACUCUGUUUUUGAGAUAAGCUCAGAGAUUCAAGUAAAGUCUUCUCCUUUCGCUUCUAUUCCUGAGAAAGAUGUAGAAACUGUACACGAGAAAGAAGCCCAGGCGAUGGAUGUGGAUUGUCCUGGAGUCUACUCUGUAUCCGAAGCUAGCUCCUCGUUUCUUGAAGACGACAAGAUGGAGACUGAUGGGUCAGUUGUUUGUAACUCUGAGAAGAAGGGACAAGAAGAUUCGGAGGUUCAGAGACUUUUGGAGGCUGAGAAGAGGAGACUGUUGGCUGAGAUCGAAACGGGGACAAUCUUCAGGAAGAAGGAAGAUGAGGAGCAGCAUCAGAAGGUGGAGAGAGUGAGAGUUAAGGACAACGCUUUCGUUGGGAGGUCUGUGAAGAUCGAUGUGGUUGAUGACACCGCGUUGCUCAACGUUGUUCCUUUCUGCAGCAAGAAAGGCAAAGAUCAUCAUCCCAAGAGGUCGGGAGCUGCGCACAGUGAUGAUAAGGAGGCGCCAAGAAAGCAGAAGAAGACUGUUGGGAAGCAUCAACAUGUUGAGACAAGUGGGGAUCAGUUGCGGGUAAUGUACUCUUUGAACCAGAUGAAGUCGAUGAGGUAUGCUAACAUGGCGAAUCAGAGGAAGCUGUGGAGUGACAUGUAUGCUAGGCUGGUGCCUGAGCUGGUGAGUGAGUACGAAGGUCUAGUUAGCACGAAGAAGAAUCAGAAGAGUUCGAAGUCGAGUGGCAUUGGUAUUCUCGGCACCAAAGAAGGUAUAGAUGACUUAACUCUUGAAGAAGAGGAAGAGGAGGAGUACAAUGAAGAUAAUGACUAUUACAAUAGCAUUUUGAGACCUGCGUUUGCUGUGGAUGGAGAACCUGAUUUUGAGUCUGGACCACCAGAAGAUGGCUUUGAAUACUUAAGACGAGUCAGGUGGGAAGCUAAGCGUGUUCCCAAUGUAAAAGUUGCCAAGAUAGAUGAAAGCAAGUACAUACCGAAAGAGCAAAGUGUUUACAUGCCACAGAUACCUGAAAUCCCCAAAUGCCCAGAGCACUUGUUACCACUCAAGGAGUGGGAAGACUCAUUGCUUUCUGACUUCUCACACCUUCGCCUGGCUUUAUCUCAAGAGGCUAACGAGUGCUGCGGGGAUGAGACAAUGUCAUCAACUCAGUCGAUUGAAUAUGAGCUUAUGGGGAUGUUCACUACGCGCGUCAACACUGUUGUAGAUGAGCCGUUUGGUGUGGUGGUUUCAGAGAUACAAGGAAUGGACUCGGUGACGCGUGUAUCGAGGCUGAAGAAGAAGAUAUGUUUGGUUGAGAAGGAGAGCGGUUUACAGGGGAGUGACUGUAUAUGGGUAGUAGCAUUGUGUGCAUCGGUGGACACUCCUUUGGAUGGUGAUACGUGUGCUUGUCUCAGAGCUGUUCUGAGGAAGUGUGCUAGUGUUCGUGCGUUAGAGGUUGAAGAUGAGCAAGUUAUCAUCAUGGCUAAUAUGCUCAUUACCAUUGCAGGCAGAUAUUUUGGCCAAAUGGAAUAAGAGAGUAAGUUAGAUGAUAAAUGAUGUUACUUUGAAUCGUCUUUGACUCUUUGUUGAAUCAAACUGAAGAAGAAUUACUUGGGUAUUUUUUCUCCUUUAUGUAUCUUAUCCAUAGUUUAAUUUUAAUCCAAAACAAACACAACCUUUCCUUUU